AUGUAUUUGCACACAGGUGAGAGGAGCUCAUAUAACUGAUGAGACCAGAGCUGGAAGCCACUUCCUCCAGUACCUGGUAGCGUCAGUGUUCAGGCAUUUAACUUCAGGACUGAAAACAUGUCUUCCUCACUGCAAGACUCCAUGGAGGGCCUCAUCCAAGUGUUCCACUCCUAUUCUGGAAGGGAAGGGGACAAGUAUAAGCUGAGCAAAGCUGAGCUGAUCACCCUGUUAAAUGGAGAACUCUCUGAACUCAUGACAGCCUGCAAUGACCCCACUAUGGUUGACAAGAUCAUGAAGAACCUGGACGACAACAAGGACGGUGAAGUGGACUUCCAGGAGUUUGUCAACCUGGUUUCUGCGAUCACUGUCCUGUGCAAUGAAUUCUUCGUAGAAUACAACAAGAGCAAGGAGGGGGGAGCUAAGAAAUAGAAUAUUUCACAUUAAAUCAAUACAAAAUGUACGUACUAACACUUGUCAUGUUAGGGAUGUAAUGUUUUGACUAAUUCCUUAAUCACAGCACAUUGUAACGUUGCUAAGGAGAAUCUUAAUAAAAAUCAUAUCCUGUU